CCUCCUCCUCGUCUUCCUCGUCUUCUCUACCUCCAAUUUCCGUCAACUCGACAGUUGCGGACCGCCGAGCCACCGACGUCAGAUCUCAGCUCGCCUCGCACUUUCCUUUCCGGGCGUUGCUCCGUUUCUCCAUCAGAGACGGUUUCACCCCGACGCCCUCCGUCACCCCCAAGACACAAACGAGGAAGGACGAAGACGACGAUGCUAGGAUCGCGCACACGUCGCGCGGGCGCGCUUGCAGCUGCGUUAUGGGUCUUGGGAAGCUCCAUGCCCGCUCGGGCAGCGAGCUCUCUUGCGGGGACGUUCGCCGAUGGAGGCGACACGCUGGUCAGCGCGAUGAUGAUGUUCCUCGGCAACUCCGAAAAGGUGUACAUCCUCGACAAGGUUGAAGGCAACAGUGCGCAGGUGAACGGCCAUCCGGCCUGGGCGGCGGUGUACGACAUCGCCUCGCAGACAGCCACACCCAUGGACGUCCUCACGAACACGUUCUGCGCCUCCGGGAUGCAUCUCCCGAACGGCUCCUUCGCCACCUUCGGUGGCAACGGCGCCAUCGCUCCGGGCGGCAACAUCGGCUCGGUCCUCAACCAGGGCGGCGCCAGCGCCGCAUACGACGCCACCUACGAGGACUUUGACGGCACCAAGUCAAUCCGGAUCCUCAACCCGUGCUCGUCGGCGACGAUCUCGGCCGACGCCUCCGCCCUGAACGCGAACGCAAGCUGCGGCUGGUACGACAACCCGUCCGUGCUCAGCAUGCAAGGCCACCGGUGGUACUCGACCGCGGAGGCGCUCGCGGACGGCAGCAUCGUCAUCAUCGGCGGGUUCACCAACGGUGGAUAUAUCAACCGCAACUACCCCAACACGGAUCCGACGUACGAGGGCGGCGCGGCCAACCCCACGUUCGAGUUCUUCCCCUCGCGUGGCACCGAACCGGCUUUGAUGCAGUUUAUGACCACCACCUCCGGCCUCAACUCGUACCCGCACGCGUUCCUGAUGCCGAGCGGCAAGAUGCUCGUCCAGGCCAACUUCUCCACCGUGCUCUGGGACUACAACGAAAACGUCGAGACCGCGCUUCCCGAUAUGCCGGGCAAGGUCAUCCGCGUAUACCCUGCCUCCGGCGCGACCGCCAUGCUCCCCCUCACGCCCACGAACAACUACACCCCGACCGUACUCUUCUGCGGUGGCUCUGACAUGCCCGACUUUGCAUGGGGCAACUACUCCUGGCCGUUCAUAGAUACCUGGGACUACCCCGCGUCUAAGGACUGCCAGCGGAUCACGCCCGAGCAGGCCGACGGCACGUUCAACACGGACGUCGCGUACGAGCAGGACGACGACAUGAUCGAGGGCCGGACUAUGGGCCAGUUCAUCAUCCUCCCGACGGGCAAGCUCCUCGUCGUGAACGGCGGCGUGAACGGUACCGCGGGCUACUCGACCCAGACACUUACCACCACGUCGUACUCGCAAAUGCCGUUCGGCAUGUCGCUCGCCUCCGGGCCCGUCGGUACUCCUGCGCUCUACGACCCGACCGCUCCCGCGGGCUCGCGCUGGUCGAAUGAAGGCUUUGACUCUUCCACGAUCCCGCGUCUGUACCACUCCACCGCGCUCCUCCUCCCUGACGCAUCCGUCCUCAUCGCCGGCUCGAACCCGAACGUUGACGUCAACACCUCCACCGUCUUCCCGACGACGUACAAGGCCGAGAUCUUUUACCCGCCUUACUUCUCCGCGACCACCCGUCCGUCGCCCUCAGGCGUGCCCAGCACGCUCUCUUACGGUGGUGACGCCUUCGACGUGCUCAUCCCUGCCGACUCGUACUCGGGCGCGGCGAACGACGCCGCGGACAACACAACCGUCGCCGUCAUCCGCCCGGGCUGGACGACGCACGGGAUGAACAUGGGCCAGCGCUUCCUCCAGCUCAACAACACCUACACCGUCAACUCGAACGGGUCCAUCACGCUCCACGUCGCGCAGCUCCCGCCGAACCCGAACCUGUUCACGCCCGGCCCCGGGCUCGUGUUCGUGACCGUGAACGGCAUCCCGAGCAACGCGACGUGGGUCACCGUCGGCUCGGGCAACAUCGAGACGCAGACGACGGCCGCGGCGGCGGAGCUCCCCGCGAGCGUCCGCCUCGAUGGCGUGUCCGGCACCGCCGACGGCUCAUCCACCUCCACCUCCUCGUCUUCCGGCUCGUCCUCAGGCUCGUCCGGCACCAACGGCGGCUCCAGCGACGGCGGCUCGCACACGGGCGCGAUCAUCGGCGGCACGAUCGCGGGCGUCGCCGCGCUCGCGAUCAUCGCGGCCGUCGGCGGGAUCAUAUACGCGCGCCGGAAGCGGGCGAGGAGGCAGGCGGCGCUCGCGAACCCGUCGUACGGUAUGACCGCCGCCGGCGCCGCCCCGGUGUCGACUUCGCGCGGCGUGGGCGCCGUCGCGGGCGCGGGCGCGUAUGGGACCGGCAGGAGUGCCGAUUUCGAGCCGUUGGCCGCGAACGGGAGCACCGCCGCGCUGCAUCAUCCGUACGGGUACGCGGGCGGGGCCGCGGCGUAUCGGGACGACGACGGCGCGGGCGGGAACAGGCCGUGGUUGAACUCGCCCGUGGGCAGCCAUGCGAGCACGGGCGAUUUCGAUCCGUAUGGAGAGGGGCGCAUGCAGCGGCAUACGUGAGCGUUGUUCCAAGUUUUGUGUGUAUGUGCUCGGGUGUAGGUGGAAUGACUGCGUGCAUAUAUGGAUCUUGUUUCCCAUCUGCUUCCUGAUGUGUACGGCUCGUUCUAAUACGGACUCCCCAUCUUACAUCAUUAUCUUUCUACUUUUCUCUGUCUUUCUCCCUUGUUUGUGUGUUGAUAUCGCAACGCUAUAUAUUGUCCCACACGUCUACAGUCGAAAAGUCCGGGACUGCGUUUUGUAGGCACAACGAAUUGCGCGGCGGGGCGUAUUCCGCCGCAUGUUACAUACAUUGCUAUUUCCUACCGCGUGUUGUAUGGUCGUGCGAUGACCCCCCUGCUCCCUCGUCGCCACUGGAGAUAUGUGUCUGUUGACUCCCUCCUCCUCGGCCGAUGCGUUUAAUUGGCUUUGGCAACCGACAUUGAUAGGUAGGUCAUGCGGCUCGAGUUGUCCGGUAGGCGUGGUGAAAGUCGCUUCAAGCCCAGCGCUAGCACAACGGUCGUGCUACGGGUUAUCUUCAGCCUCUUGACUCGGUUUGCCAUUGCCCUCCGAGGUCUGCCGAUUGUGAUAGGCGCCGUCGUUUCUCCUCCUGCCGAGAGCGGGUCUCCGAAGUCGUGAUAGAAGUUUACACGUCGCACCAGGA